AUGUCGAAGCUUUUCAUCGGUGGCCUAGCAUGGCAUACAGAGGAGGCCACUCUUCGCCAGAAGUUUGAGGAGUUUGGCCCUGUCGAAGAAGCUGUGGUGGUCAAGGACCGUGAUACUGGUCGCAGCCGCGGCUUCGGGUUUGUGCGAUACACACAGGAGGGCGACGCUCAGAACGCCAUCGCAGCUAUGAACAAUGUCGAGUUUGAUGGCCGCAACAUUCGAGUCGACAAAGCAUCCGACAAUGGCCCUCGAGGUGGUUUUGGUAGAGGAGGAGGCGGCGGUGGCGGCUAUGGACGAAACUUUGGUGGCCCAAUGCCAUACGGAAUGGGCCCUCCCGGACCUGGCUACCAGAUGCCUGCCCCCAACAUGUACGCGCCCAUGCCUUAUGGCCGUGGAUAUCCUCCUCAGCAAGGCUACGGCGGCCCCCAUCAAGGAUACAUGCCUCCUCAGCAGCAGUACGGGUAUCAUGAUCCCUCUCAACAGAUCCCUCCCCAGCAGCAGCAGCAGCAGCAUCACCAAGGUGGAAGAGGAUACUAG